CGUGCUCCGGCCGCGGUUACGCAGGGUCUGGCUCCGGAGAGUGACCCACGCUGCGCUUCUCCAUGACGGCUGCCUGGGGCACGUUCUUCCUGCUCCUCCCUUACCCUCGCUGGGUUCUCCCCGGCUCCCCGGGACGUGCCUCUACCCCGCCUCUCCUUCCUGCUCGUGGCUGCGACUCCCGGGGGUCCUGCUCUGCCAUACUCAUUUGCUCUCCACGCCUGCGCCUUUUCGGAGGUGCCCCGGAGGAGAGAGAKAGUCUGUCUCCUGUCUGGCUGGGGGGAAGGAAUAGUCACGAAACAGAGGUGGAAAUAUGGCAGUAUCCUUUAGGCAAUGGGCAGAGAUAGACAUACUGCAGGCCCUGUGAUUGUCAGCUGUAAUAAAUGUUAGAAGGAGAGCAGAAGACAGAUGUAAUUCUUCGUACCUGGUGAUGUAUAUCCGAGGGAUCAAAGAGCCGCAGUCACGCAGAUUUAAAUCUUGUUGCAGGCAGUGGCUGUGGGCUCCGGGACGGCUCUUGAUGUCUCUUUACAGAACUGGAGUGUAAUCUCUCAUCUCUGUGAACAGCAUUUCUGUACCUACUGACACCUCUGCCACUCAGCCUUACCUGGUGCAAUGUCMGGCCAUCACACUCCAUCUGCUGGGGGUCCCUUCUCAGCACUCACUCCCAGCAUAUGGCCUCAGGAGAUCCUGGCAAAAUACACACAGAAAGAAGAAUCUGUGGAGCAGCCAGAGUUCCGCUAUGAUGAAUUUGGUUUCCGAGUUGACAAGGAAGAUGGUGCUGAGCCAAACUCCAGCAAGCUUCUGGGAGUCCCAUUGACAGAGGAGCCCCAGCAGAGGCUCAAGUGGCAGGCUCAUCUGGAAUUCACACACAACCAUGAUGUGGGUGACCUCACCUGGGACAAAAUCGAAGUCACUCUGCCACAUUCAGACAAGUUGCGCUCCCUGGUGCUGGCCGGCAUUCCACAUAGCAUGAGACCACAGCUGUGGAUGCGCCUUUCAGGGGCUUUGCAGAAGAAGAGGAACUCAGAGAUGUCAUAUCGCGAUAUCGUGAAAAACAGCUCUAACGAUGAAACCAUUGCUGCCAAACAGAUUGAAAAGGAYUUGCUACGCACAAUGCCCAGCAAUGCCUGCUUCUCCAACAUGAAUAGCAUCGGGGUGCCACGGCUGCGCAGGAUACUACGGGGACUUGCCUGGCUCUAYCCAGACAUUGGAUAUUGUCAGGGCACUGGCAUGGUGGCUGCCUCUCUGCUGCUCUUCUUGGAGGAGGAAGAUGCCUUCUGGAUGAUGUGUGCAAUCAUUGAGGAAUUGGUUCCUGCCUCCUACUUCAGCACCACCCUCAUGGGUGUGCAGACAGACCAGCGUGUCCUGCGGCAGCUCAUCGUGCAGUACUUGCCCCGCCUGGACAAACUGCUUCAGGAGCAUGACAUUGAGCUCUCCUUGAUCACCUUGCACUGGUUCCUCACCUCUUUUGCUAGUGUUGUCCACAUUAAGCUUCUGCUGCGUAUUUGGGACCUCUUCUUCUACGAGGGCUCUUUGGUGCUCUUUCAAGUCACUUUGGGCAUGCUAAGUAUGAAGGAGGAUGAGCUGAUCCAGUCUGAGAACUCUGCCUCAAUCUUCAACACACUCUCAGACAUCCCAAGUCAGAUUGAAGAUGCMGAUGUGUUGCUGCGGGAGGCCAUGCACGUGGCUGGCUCGCUGACAGAUGUGGCAGUGGAAGCCCAGCGCCGCAAACACUUGGCCUACCUCAUCGCUGAGCAGGGGCAGCUGCUCAACUCCAGCACCACUGUCAACAAUCUAUCCAAAAUUGUGCGGCGCAGGACUCAGCGCAGGAAAUCUGGCAUCACCUCUCUGCUUUUUGGGGAUGAUGAUCUGGAGGCACUGAAAGCCAAGAACAUCAAGCAGACAGAGCUGGUGGCUGACCUGCGUGAGGCCAUUCUCCAGGUGGCACGGCACUUCCAGUGUGUGGAUCCCAAGAACUGCAGCAUUGAUCUGACUCCAGACUACAGCAUGGAAAGUCACCAGCAGGAUCACGAGAACUAUGUGGCCUGUUCCCGCAACCGACGCCGACGAGCCAAGGCACUGCUGGAUUUUGAGCGCCACGAUGAUGAUGAGCUGGGCUUCCGCAAGAAUGACAUCAUUACGAUCAUAUCCCAGAAGGAUGAGCACUGUUGGGUGGGAGAGCUGAAUGGACUGAGAGGUUGGUUUCCUGCAAAAUUUGUGGAGAUCUUGGAUGAGCGRAGUAAAGAGUACUCCAUCGCUGGAGAUGACUCGGUCACAGAGGGGGUGACGGACUUGGUGCGAGGGACACUCUGUCCAGCCUUGAAGUCCAUAUUUGAACAUGGAUUGAAGAAGCCAUCUCUGCUGGGGGGGGCCUGCCACCCUUGGCUGUUCAUUGAAGAGGCUGCAAGCCGGGAAGUGGAACGGGACUUUGACUCCGUGUAUUCUCGCCUUGUGCUCUGCAAGACUUACAGGCUUGAUGAAGAUGGCAAAGUCCUCACUCCAGAAGAGCUGCUUUACCGGGCGGUUCAGGCUGUGAACAUGACACACGAUGCUGCACAUGCACAGAUGGACGUGAAGCUUCGUUCUCUCAUCUGUGUUGGACUCAAUGAGCAGGUGCUGCAUUUGUGGCUGGAGGUGCUGUGCUCAAGCCUACAGACCGUUGAGAAGUGGUUCCAUCCCUGGUCAUUCCUGCGCAGUCCUGGCUGGGUGCAGAUCAAAUGUGAGCUGAGAGUCCUCUGCAAAUUUGCCUUCAGCCUCUCUCAGGACUGGGAGCUGCCAAUAAAAAGGGAGGAGAAGGAGAAGAAGCCACUGAAGGAAGGGGUGCAGGACAUGCUUGUGAAGCACCAUCUCUUCAGCUGGGACAUAGAUGGGUGACCCUCCACCCUGCCCCAUCCUGGGGACUUUCUCGAUGGCGCACACUCCUCUCCCCCACACCUUCAUGUCUCACCCCCUGUCCUUCCCCACCUCUCCCACUUGUAUCUGUGACAAAAUCCCUCUCGGGAGCUGCCAGACCACCUGGGACAGAUGGCAGCAGUGCYGAGAGGCUGAGCUGCAGACCUGAGGCGGGUAAUGGUCAAGGGUGAUGCUGCAAAGAGAUGAGUGUGUUCUGGCUACAAAAACCAAGUGCCCCCUCCCAGCUUUCCACAUCUCUGCCGCCCACAUCUUCUGCUUUCCUCAGCCCUGCCUCCCCACCAGUGCCAAGGGCAGCAGCCUAGCUGGAGCCAUUGCGUGCUGCCCCACAGGCCGAGGGAGUCUGAGUGUGGCUGUGGCUGUGGGGAAGAGAUGGCCCUUGUGGGGUGGCUUUGAUCCGUGAGAGCUGGUGCUAUUGGCAGUUGGCACUGCAGCUGCAUGUGGAAUUGGGCUGGUGAGACUCACUGCUGUACAGUAGCAGGGAGAUCACAUCCCCCUCCCCACGCCAGCCAAGGGUUCCCCUCUGCCAGGGGACACUUGGACAAGUUCCUUUGACCUGGAGCUGGAGCUGAGAAGAGGGAACUCUUCUGGCAUUAGCUUCAUCCCAUCUCCCUGGCACUGGUGUGUGGAUGUUGACAAGAGUUGCCCAAGUUUACCAGUCUGUUACCACUGUAACAGCCUUAGGGGAUGGUCCUUGUCUCCUCUGGGAGCAGACAAAAGUCACCUCUCCCCUAAACAAGGGUGUUUCAUGCUGUCAUUUUAGUCUCUAGAUGAUUUUUACUGUUAACCCAAAAAUCUGUAAAUUUACUCCAGGAACAUGUAUAUUUUGGCACCAUUGUAGCUCAGGACAAAGGUUUAGGUUGGAGCUGGCUCAGGGAGACUAACUCGUCCUCCUCGCCUUGCAAUGGCAGUGGGGUAAGGAGUGGAGAAUUGCUGCUUUGUGGUGGUGGCUCUGGAUAUGGAGUCUGUGACUUUCUACUGAAAGCGCUUGUCUGUGAGCACAAACUACUGAUGGGAUGACAUUAUAUUCUUACUUUCCUUUAUUUGGUGGGUUUGUAAAUAAAAAUUGCGUCUUGGGAGAGUGCUGGGCUUUGUCUUAUUUUUUGACAGGGCCAGGACUCUGUUUAAUUUUUCCUUUUUGCCAUUUCACAAUGGUGAGCCCAUUUCUGCACUGGCACUGAGGGAGCUCCUUGCAUCAGAGCAGCCUACAAGGUCAGGCAGCAGCCRGGGAGAGCCAGUUCUGCUGCCAGCAGUGGCAGCCCCUCUGGCAGACUCACUUCUGCACCACCAGCCCUCCCUAAGUGCAAGUCCACAGCGGAGCCCCAGAAAACCCAGAAAUACUGAAAACUGGGUUGUAGGGACACUGCAGGAGGAGAACAGCCUUUAGGAGAGAGAGGGAGAGAGGCGGGCAGAAAGCAGGGCUGGGUGGUGGGAACAGCAGUGUUGUCUGUUCAAGAAGCAUCUCUGGGAAAAGCAGGUGUAGGCUUAGCUGGAAAGUGGGACAGUAACAGGGCACAGGCCCUUAGGAGAACUGUUCAGAAGUCCAAGCUCAUGGGAGGGUGGGAGSUGCAGCAUAUGUACGGGUUUGAAAUUGAGUGUUUUCCGUGAAGGUAAUUUCCUUUGGAAUGUGGCAGUGUCACACCACCACCACCUGGAGUCCAAACCAGCCUGSCUGGGCUGGGGGAGACUCUGAUUGCCUGGUGAAACCUGCUUCUGGUUGCAGAGUAGGUAAUUUCCAAACACUGAGGGAAUCUCCCUGUGGCUGAGAAGGGUGAGGCACCACCACUUACACUGCUUUUUUCAGGUUUGAGAAAGACUCAAAGGGAUCACCCACCCUUAGCUGGAAAAGAUAGUGGCCCCAAGCCCUCCCACCAGCCUAGCAGAGAAGUUUUUGAGCACRUGACUGUUUGGAAUUUUUUUAAUAAAAUGGAUUUUUUUUCUUCAAAUAUUUGUAACUGAAAAAAUAAUUCAAUUUAAAGAUCCAUUCUCUCCCCCCAUUAACUUGUCACUUUUAUCCUUUUCCAGUUGAAUACUCGCUCUGGAUCUGAUGCCCCAACACCAUCCGGCACUGAUAGUGCUGAUCACCCCUCACCACUGGCUGCAUAGUGGAAGGGAGAGUGUGUGCUAGUCAAAUACACAUUACAAACAAGUAGUGGUUACAGCAGAAAGAUUCAGGAUUACAUUCAAGGUAGAGGCAGAACAUCAGACUUCAUUUUUCCCAGUGGGUGCAAAAAUGUAUGUCCAGGGGAAUACCUCUUCUGACAAAGAACUAUUGAACUAUUAUUCAAACAAAUAAUAGUAAGAAAGCAGAGAACUGGGCAAGCCUGCUCUGGGUGCUGCUUGGGGAAAAGACUUUCUAACAUUUCUGGGGCUGAGCCACCACCUUCCCUUCUGCCUGCAGGCACAGGGUCAUCAUUCAUUUCCCUGGCAGAAGCCCCUUGUGCAGAGGGGCUUUCACAAGUCAGCCAGGCUCCUUGGGACAUGAGGCUCAUGGUUCUGUAUCCUCUGGACUACUUGAGUUUCUUCAGCCCUUCAGCCAAUGCARGUAUUCUGGCCAAAAUCUGGGUCACUGGAUUUCUACAGUUUCACACCUGAUGGUGGAUGGGGUAAAGGUGAAAAGGAGUAGCUGUGAGCUCAGCCUUUCACCAGCAACCUCUCGGAAGGGCUACAUUGCUAACAGGCAUUGACAUCUCUCUGCCAAUGACUGGAGUACCUGGCCCAGGGCAAAGAACCAGGGCUGGUUCAGGCCAGGACUGCAGCUAGAGUGCUCCCAUCUUCCUCUAGGAGCUCAUUGCGCUUUAUUGAUUAUUUCCUUCUUUAUUUGCUGGCUGCAGAUUUGUAAAGAUUUGUAUAAAAGAAACAACACAGGUGUUUUUUGUGGGGGUCUACUGGACCUAUGGGCUUAAAAAACCUGAUUUUGCUUGAGUCUGACAAACAGGCAGCCUCAUUUCUUCCCCUUGGCAUUUCAAAGAUUUACUCUCCCCAUACUUUCCUCCUAAGAAACUCCUUGACUCCUGACCCCACAGCUGGACCGCUGCCCUGCGGAAGCUGGUGCGAGCUCUGUAAGGCGACAGCUAUGUACUCACUGCUCCCAGUGAGCAGGAGGGCUGCAUCAGGAGAGAAUUCAGGAAGGCCUUAGGAGGGUAGAGGGCGUGCCCAGCAGUCUCUUACUCUGAUUUUUAAGAUGUGACCCUGUACCUUGAGCAAUAGAAGGCCUGUGGGGAAGGGGAAGGGAGGUGAUGUCCUCCCCAACCUGGACACUAAGGGAGGCAGAUAAGAAGCUCCGACUGCUUACAGCUCAGGGACAGAGAGGAGGGGGCAGAAAGGAAGGAAACUGCCAGCAGACUCCCCCUGCAAAUGAUUAAGAAAGUGGCUCCCCAUGCAGUUAACAAGCAAAUAGGGCUCAGAAAGGCAGGAGUAUUUCCCAGCUGUGAACAGGCAUGACCCCCUCCAGCUGCCACUUCAGUGGCUGAGGGAGAGCACAUAGCCCAGGGUUGACAUUCACCUGCCCCACCAUGGAGCAGAGGAACCGGCACCCCUGUGCCACAGCCUCCCCCUGAGAAGAGGGCCAGGUACCAUAGGUGCAGGGAAGGAGCAUGUGGCUCACAGCUACCCCUCCGCAGCAGGAAGCACUGCAGCCCAGCAUGGGGGAAAGGUGGGGACAGCAUCCUCAGGGAGAUACUGAGAAGUAKGGCAGUUGAUCCUUUCAUUGCCUAAGCAGGUCACUACCUCAGUCCAAUGUGACUUACGGAGCCACAGCUUCCCCCACCUCACUCAGACUGAGCAGCCUGGAGCCAGCUCAAGGCCAAAGCAGGGACAGCCUUGUGGUGAGGUGGCCACAUCCACCUAAGCCAUGUCCCACCUGGUCAGUAUGGCCAUGAGUUACUACUGACACAGGAAUUGUAAAUUAACAGGAGUAACAGCACAAGAGCCACAGGCCUGGUGCUCCACCACAGAAUCCUGCCCAAAGAAUAGUACCUUCAUGGCUCUGAGAUAUUAGGGGUUUGUCCACCCACUCAGUAUGCAGUUCUGCUGAGGCACCAGCGUGGGRCCCUACAGGGACACACAGCACCAGCUCACAGUAAGCAGCCAUUUACUUUUGCCCUGUGGGACUGGAGGGAGGGAAGAACAGAGGUCAGCUGCCAAAUACCUGCUUUCAGGCUYCUCCCCAGGAA